ACGGGAUCCAAUCCAUGUUCAACAUUCAUCACAUGUAUGUUAUCACAUUUAAAGAUACCGUUCCUUACUCACUUUGUCGGUUUAUGGCCUCAUUUUUGUGACACAACAGACAAAGCGUAACGAGACAGCCUCCAAGCAUCAGCUAUACUCGAAUUCACAAAACUAUCAUCCGAGCAAGAAAGAUUCCUACCGUCUUCGAAUACUCAUUUAAGCGGGAAGUAGAAGCACGUAUAAAGAUCUUAGCCUUCACGCGUUAACAGCAUCCUACAUUCGUAUCAAGAUAUCCAGUCAUGCCUUUCCAAUUUGAGCUGCCGACAACUUCAUCAUUUUCGUUUUCAACAUACUUCACCAGCGACUCACAUCCAUCACUACCCUUGGCAGCGAGUACCUACAGAGGAGUUCUUCGUGAUGCUUUGAAGAGACACAAACGACUUACUCCUUCACAACAAUCUUCAAAUCUUUCAUCCAUCCUUCAAGCACUCAAUAAAUACAUCCCAUAUCUAUUAGCUCUUGACUCUGGCAUAUCUUCCCAAUCUCAACCAGGAGCAGAACAUAUAGAUAUCAUUCUUACUUCAACACCAACCUUGGAAUGGCGUCCAACCCUUUCAGAUCACCCAAUCCCUGGGAGAGAAAUCCCAAGAAUAAAGAUACAGAGUCUAGAAUAUGAGAUCUAUUUUGUUCUUUCAACACUAGCUUAUACUCAUGUUCUUCUCUCACGAUCUUCAUUACAUCCUCUCUAUUCAUCAGCUACAGCAUCACCAUCACCUGAUCAAAGAACUUUAUGUAUUAAAGCUGCUACAGAACAAUUAUUAUCAGCUGGUUCAAUUCAUAACUAUCUUUUUACUCGCUCAACGACUUUAACUUCCCCAUCUCCUUGUCCAGAUAUUUCGAAUCCAGUUUUCUGUGCUUUAAGUAGCUUGACUUUAGCAGAAAGCACUUUGCUAGCAGUUUUAAAAGACGAUCCAUAUCCGGCAGCAGUCCAACAAGAUCGCAAUAAAAAUGACAAAGAAUGGAUGAUUAAAGCUCCGGAGAUGCCUAAAGUGCGCGCUCAUUUAUUUGCAAGACUAUGUCUUGCUGCUGCUGAACAUGCGGGUAAUGCAUUAGCAAUGUUAGGUGGGAUGGGUAAUGGAGGAAAGGGAAAAGUUGAUGCUGAGUUAUUAAAAUAUGUGGAAGAUUUACGAAGAGUGGGAAGAGGGAAAGCUUGUAGAUUUUUUGGUGUGGAUGCUGAAUUAGGUGGAAAAACAGGUGAUGGUAUUGGAUGGUUAAGGGCUGGUUUGAGUGAGUUGGGACUAGCGGUGGGAGAUGAUGGAAAGAAAUCUUCUGGGAUAGGAUUCGGAAGAUUUAAGAAAGAAUGGACAGAGAAAAGAGAGGAUCGUAGGGUAGAGAAAGGAAAGGAUUGGGGAAGUGAUGCAGGAAAAGCGGAAGAGGGCAGAGUUUUAGAAAUGUUGGAAAAGAAAUGGGUAAAGAUGAAUGAUACUGUAUGUCAAACCUCAUAUAUCUUCAUACCACAUACUAACAAUGGACAUAGAUCGGUACACAACUUAUACCUUCUAUAGGUACUCUCAUCUCUAGUCUACCAUCAGGACGGGAAAUGCAUACAUUGAAAUCGUAUAAUCCUCCAAGUCUUGACAUGCAAGUCCUGGAAAGUAUGAGAGCACCCCCAGAUCGACCAGAUAUAUAUGAAGAGAAUGAUAGUUCUGAUGAAGAUGAUAAUGGAACACCAGUUGGUGCUUUCCCAGGCACAAAGGGAGAUUAUACUGCUAGCGCGAAUUAUUUUUAAAUGAUAUCUCUUUAUUUCAAAUUUGAUAUUCAAAAUUUAAACACUUAAAAAUUCAAGUAUUUAAAGAUCCAAAUAUCCAAAUAUCCAAAUAUCCA